UUAGUUCAGCGCAGUCAUUCAUUCUCUCUCCUGUUUUAUGGGCUCCGACGUUCGAGAAGUCUUCCUCUAACAUCGGCUUUUUAUUUUUCUUUCUUUUCUUUCUUUUGUUCGAGAAAAUAUUCCCGGAGCUCCGGCGACCAUGGGGAUACUGGACACCGGCGUUAGAAUCGCGGCGAGGUUCAACUCCCAUUGCCCGCAGACGUCGAGGAUGUAUUACCACCCUCCUCCGCCUAAGCACGAAGAGGAGAGUCGCCUCCACGACGACCACCAUCACUACAACGUGUUUGGCCUCAACCACCACCGCUUCGACGGAGUUUCGUGCAACAGCCACGCCGCCGCCGCCGGGGAUGCGUCCGCGGCUCCGCCGGCGUUCCCCAAGAGCGGCGCCGCCGGGAUUGACUCUGCUGAUUUCAUUCUUUAUACCGUUGUUUAAUGACCAUUCGUUCUCCCGGAGAGAUUUAAACUGCUGACAAUUGCUGUCUUUUUUUAUCCUUAAUUUUGAGUCGUUCGAUUAUUCAAAAAUUUUAUCAAUAUAUUCUUUGAGUCAAUAUUUAUUUUCAUUCUUUUAUUUUUGUAACAAGAAAAGACUCGUAAUCACUAUUCGAUGUUAUAUGAAAAAUUAUACAAUCGAAAAAGUGUUUGGCAAAGAUUGAA